AUGGCCAUGUUCAGAUCCCUCGUCGCUCUUACCGUCCUGCUCGCCCUCACGACUCAAGUCCACGCCCACGCCGGCGUCUCUCCCGCCCUCAGCGUGAGCGGCGACCUCACGCGUAACGAUGUCCAACGUCCGUCGUCUUCUUCUCCCUGUGGAAACAUCAAUAUUGCGAAGAGCGUGGAUUCCUCGACGCCGGUUAAGGCUGCGACUAAUGGGAGUUUUGCGGCUACUGUUACGAAUUUCAAUGGCGGAAAAGAUGGUUCUCGAGAAAUGACCGUUCAGAUCGACGCUGAUGGGACGGGGAAAAACUUCGUCAAGGGUACGAUGCUGGUCAAUGGAAAUGGCAAUCCAUCGAGCACCGGAUCAGAGAACCUGUUCAUCCAGAUGCCUUCGGAUACGCAAUGUACUGGAGGCACGAGUAAAGAUCUCUGUCUCGCCUCGUUCACCAGCACUGCUGGCUUUGGCAAUUGCGUCGUCGUCCAACAAGAUACCUCUGGUUCGGCUGCUACGUCGCCAUCUGCCAGCGAGUCCACGUCCGCCCCGUCUAUCUCGACUAUCGCCAAAUCGUCUACCACCACAUCGAAAGCAAAAGCGACCACUUCUGCAUCCGUAUCCGACACGGCCACUGCGUCUUCCAGCGCCGCCGCCACAGCAGCGAACGCGGCCGCCUCCAACUCUCCAGCCAGUGUCAGUGUUGUCACCGACACCGUAACCGCCACUGUCACCGUCAGCUCCAACCCUACCUCCACUGCUGCGCCACACACGCAAGUCACCACUACUGUGUUCGUUGUCGCUCCUGCCUCUACCUCUACCUCUGCCUCCGCCGUCACAUCUUCUGUGUUGGCAUCAACGGCAUUUACACUGACGUUGAAGGAAUCGACCCCGACUGCGUCUGCUCAGGCCCGCUCUCUCGCUGACGCUGAUGCAAAGAGGGAAGAGCAGGGAUAUAGGAGGCAUGCGCGGGACUUCAGGGGUAGGGUGAGUGCUGCUGGUGCCGCGAAGGAGGUGAGGGCGGAGAUGUUUGAGAGGAUGUGGUCUUCUCAUCGUCGUGCGUCGGCUCAAGCUUAG